AUGUCUACACCAGACCUUGGAAGACUCGACCUUUCAGACUCGGACACAGAAGACCUAUUCGCGUCCCCCUCCAAGACCUCUAAACCUACGCCGAAGCCUAAUACCAAACCCUCUGACCCCCAGCGCAAUCCAGAAUCGAAAUAUGACGCUGAGCAGGCGCGGGAGGCAGCGCUGAAGAAGGAGUUGGAAGGGGUGCGGGGCAUCAACGAAUUGAUAGAAGGCGUGGUGUCAAGUCUUGAAAGCGCAAAGGGAAAUAUGGAAACGGUCUCGAAAACCGUAACAUCAGCCUCGACUCUCCUAAAUAGCUGGAUCCGCAUCCUUUCCCAAACAGAACACAACCAGCGCCUGAUCCUGAACCCCAAUUGGCAAGGCGCCAGCCAGGAUAUCUCAGAUAUGGAGAACGAGGUUGUGCUGAAGGCACAGGCUGCUGAGCGGAGGGCGGCGGAAGAGGAGCGAAGAAGAGAGGAGGCGAGACGGAGGGCUGAAGAUGAGGAGAGACAACGACAGGCUGGUACUAACGUUAGAGGGACGAGGGGCACAAGGGGUAGAGGAAGAGCUAGCGGGAGGGGGUUGACCGGAAGUGGAUAUCUUGCAGGAGGAACUACGAGAGGGGCUUCACGGGGUAGUACGGGUGGUACGGGUGGUACGGGUCUUGGGAGAGGAACUGGUAGUGUGAGGGGUAGAGCCCGGGGUAUUAGAUGA